AUGUGUCGAUGGUACUGGCGAUUCUACAUCCUCUGCCAACAUCACGGCAAGAAACGCAUCCCAUGUGAUAUGUCAAGACGUCUCAGGUGGCACUGCGAAGGCUGGAGAGAUGCUGACCGCGAACGGCAAAUGACGACUAUCACCGGAUCGUCAUACACACCUGCAGUGAUGAAGUUGUGUCCAGACUGCAGAUCAGCUGAGCAGAACAGCGAAAGUCGUUGA